UGCUGCUGGUGAUACUGCACCCACCGUAGAGAGAGUCUGCAAAGCAGCUUUGGCAAAAGAUGCCGUGAAGAUUGAGAGAAAAAAUGACGGGAAAGGAGGCGAAGUUGUUCUUAACUGCCUUUCGGGACGUUUGACGAGAACCUUUGGGAUGUAUUUGCUCAGAUUGGCUUAAUUACAGAGGCAAUUGUGGAGCCAUGCGUUAUCGGAAAGCUGGAUGAAACUUGCAGGUGUUUUCCGACAGGCGUCGCACCGACAGGCUGCUGUUUCAUGGGGGAAAUACAUCCUGUCUUAUUUAGUUAAAUCUGUUUUGUGUCUCUACCGUGAGAUUUGGAUUUCACACACCGGUUUGCCUGAAUGGUGAUGGUUUUGUUGGAGUCUUGAAGGUUAAUUUUUAAGUGACAUGAAGGUGGGAUUAUGCGUAUCGAACAGCAAGAUGAUCAUCAAAGUCUUUAAUUUUAUUUUUCAGUUUCAUUCUGUUCAACGACCAGAAUAUAAAACAUAAAACGCGCGAACUUCUUUCUACCACUAAGUAUGGAACAAGUUGUUCUUGAAGAACUGUUUACAAGCAUGCAUCAUUCAAUUUACCCAGGCAUAUGAGAUAACAGGAUGUCAUGCUUAUUUCUUCUUCAAACUGUUGCAGUUUAAGGAUUUUAAAUAAUGCUUGAUCAGCAUAUGCUGACCGAACCUAAUCCAAGAAAAGCCAUGUACUGGAGAGCCUUUCUAAUUUGAUAUAUAUGGCCCUUUGGGGCAAAAACUAGAGGUUAGGUUUAGUUUAGUUAGUCACUGCGCCUUUAAUAUUUGUCAGGACUGUAUGGGUUGUGUUAUGUUUAUGUAGUUAAACACCAAAGGCAUUCAAGGAGUCGAAUAUUCCAGCAAAAUAAUCCUCAGAGAGCUCCAUACCGAAAACAUAUUUAGACACUGGAGAGCAGUCUCGAUAUUUCUUAUGGACUCAUCCACACCAAGGUGCACUCGAUCACUAUCCAUUCUUUCUAUCGGAUUAUGGAUUUAUUUCUCAUGAGCGACAGUCAUGCGCCCAGCAUGUGUUUUCUUCUGCAAGAUGUUUCGGCGCUUGUCUCUUCCUGUUUAACUUGACAAUUACAAGCAACGACCCCGAGAGCUGCCAUUCUGUUCGCUUUUACAUCUACAUCAACGAACUGAGUAGGAACUUGCUCCUUUAGCAGGUGACACUUUCUCAAAGACACUGACAGCAGAUGAGGGCGAAACUUUUGUGUUGCUGUUUCCAUGCGUGACAAUCCCACGAGGACAUAAAGGAGUAAUUAUGCCCUUAAGAAAACGAGACACAGCCAGGGCAAUAAUCCUCUUGGAGGACUACUGCUCCAAACUGAAGAAACCAGAGGAACAACAGCUCAAAACUGCCAUCUUAAGAGUCAUGGGCAUUUUCAAAAGCAGUCUUUUCCAGGCUCUCAUAGAUAUCCAGGAGUUUUAUGAAGUGACCCUGCUGAACUCUCAGAAGAGCUGUGAGCAGAAGCUGGUGGAGGUGAAUCACAUGGCUGAGCAGUGGGAACACACUGCCACCAACUCAACCUCUCCCACAGAGGGUCCGCAGCCAGCCUCCACACCGCCAGAGCUGAGAGAAGAGAGUCACAUGGAGCUGACAGUAAAGGAGCCUGCUGCAGGAAGCACCAAUACAGAGAACAGGCCUCCGGCAGUACAGGGCUCCCAGCACCAAAGCCACUCUCCAGCAUGUAUGAACCCAGCCCUGAUGAGCUCCCCCUGGUACCGGUAUCAGGAUGACGAUUCCCCUCCUCCGGAACACGGCUUCCCGCGGCUCACCAAUGAAGUUCGAGCGCCGGAGCUGGUGCACGUAUCAGAGAAGAACCUUUCAGAAAUUGAGAAUGUGCAUGGCUAUGUUUCCCACUCUCACAUUUCACCACUUAAGCCUGCGCUGGUUACCCGGUUUGAUCUAACAUACCCGGGGGUGACCGCAGCAAACUACCUGGCAAGUCCUGCCCCAAUUAUUGUCAACACGGACACUUUGGAAUCUGUACCAUACGUAAAUGGGACAGAAAUUGAAUAUGAAUUUGAAGAGAUUACAUUAGAGCGGGGUAACUCAGGGUUGGGGUUUAGUAUAGCAGGUGGUACAGAUAACCCUCACAUCGGCGAUGAUCCUGGGAUCUUCAUCACAAAGAUCAUCCCUGGAGGAGCGGCAGCUGAAGAUGGCAGACUCAGAGUAAAUGACUGUAUUUUGCGUGUGAACGACGCAGAUGUCUCAGAGGUGUCUCACAGUAAGGCGGUGGAGGCUCUGAAAGCGGCCGGAUCGAUUGUGAGGCUCUAUGUGCGCAGGAGGAGACCAAUGCUGGAAACCGUCACCGAAAUCAAACUCAUAAAAGGACCAAAAGGGCUCGGCUUCAGUAUUGCAGGUGGUGUGGGAAACCAGCACAUCCCAGGUGAUAACAGCAUUUAUGUCACAAAAAUCAUUGAUGGGGGAGCUGCACAAAAGGACGGACGGUUACAAGUUGGAGACAGACUGCUUAUGGUGAAUAACUACACUCUCGAAGAGGUGACCCAUGAAGAAGCAGUGGCCAUAUUGAAGAACACGUCAGAUGUGGUAUACCUAAAGGUUGGGAAACCCACUAGUGUCUAUCUCUCAGACCCCUAUGGGCCGCCUGAUAUCACACACUCAUUCUCACCCGCUAUGGAAAAUCAUAUCCCUUCCCCCGGUAAUAACGGCACUCUGGAAUAUAAGUCCAGUCUUCCGCCCAUCUCCCCCGGCCGAUAUUCCCCCCUGCCCAAGCACUUGCUGGGGGAAGAGGACAUUAACAGGUUGGAUGGUUUUUCCUUCCUACGAAAUCCCUCAUUAGAUGAGAUGGAAGGUCACAGGUUUGAUUCCCAGCACUUCCAGUUGAGGCCUCCAGAGCCAGUUUACAGCACUGUGAACAAACUGAGUGACCGCGCCCCCUCUCCCCGUCUCUACUCCCCCGUGGAGUUUGAUAAAAGCCCCAUGCACUCAAUCCCCCACUUCCCUCACUAUCACGUAGGCCUGCUCCCUGACUCCGAGAUCACCAGGGAGCCCAGGAAGAUCGUUCUGCACAAGGGCUCGACCGGACUGGGCUUCAACAUCGUAGGAGGAGAAGAUGGAGAAGGCAUUUUCGUCUCCUUCAUACUUGCAGGAGGGCCCGCAGACCUCAGCGGGGAGCUGCGGAGAGGAGACCAGAUCCUAUCCGUUAAUGGGAUCGAUCUGCGAGGUGCCACUCACGAACAAGCAGCAGCUGCGCUGAAAGGAGCGGGCCAGACGGUAACCAUCAUCGCCCAAUACCGGCCCGAGGAACUUGCCCUGUGCUCCCCACGCCGGGCCCCGCCUCCAACUGCAGAGUACGGGCGUUUCGAGGCCAAGAUUCAUGACUUACGAGAGCAGAUGAUGAACCACAGCAUGAGUUCUGGCUCCGGAUCCCUCAGAACCAAUCAGAAACGCUCGCUCUAUGUCAGGGCUCUGUUUGACUAUGAGAGGGCGAAGGAUAGUGGUCUGCCCAGUCAGGGGCUCAGUUUCCGAUAUGGAGACAUCCUCCAUGUCAUCAAUGCAUCGGAUGAUGAGUGGUGGCAGGCCAGGAGAGUGACGCCCGAAGGGGACAGUGAGGAGAUGGGCGUCAUCCCCAGCAAGAGGAGGGUGGAGAGAAAAGAAAGAGCUCGUCUGAAGACAGUUAAAUUCAACGCAAAACCCGGUAGCCUCGAUUCUAAAGGGUCAUUCAGUGAAAAACGUAGAAAGAACUUCAUCUUUUCACGCAAGUUCCCUUUCUACAAGAACAAGGACGCCGACGAGCAAGACGGCAGCGACUCGGAACGGAGUCAAGAGGAACUGAUCCUCUCGUAUGAGCCCGUCAUCAGACAAGAGAUUAAUUAUGCCAGACCGGUUAUAAUCUUGGGGCCCAUGAAGGAUAGAAUCAACGAUGACCUCAUCUCCGAGUUCCCAGACAAGUUUGGGUCAUGUGUGCCACAUACUACCAGACCAAAGCGGGAUUAUGAAGUAGAUGGGAGAGAUUAUCACUUCGUGACCUCACGAGAGCAGAUGGAGAAAGACAUCCAAGAGCACAAGUUCAUCGAGGCUGGACAGUACAAUGACAAUCUGUAUGGAACCAGUGUCCAGUCUGUCAAAUACGUGGCUGAGAGGGGAAAGCACUGCAUACUUGACGUGUCUGGGAAUGCUAUAAAACGACUACAAGUAGCACAACUCUACCCCAUUGCCAUCUUUAUAAAGCCUAGAUCCAUCGAGUCCUUAAUGGAGAUGAAUAAGAGGUUGACGGAGGAACAGGCCAAAAAGACGUACGACCGUGCCAUGAAACUGGAGCAGGAGUUUGGCGAGUACUUCACAGCGCUGGUUCAAGGGGACACACUAGAGGACAUUUAUAACCAGUGUAAGAUGGUGAUAGAGGAACAGUCUGGACCUUACAUCUGGAUUCCCUCAAAAGAAAAACUAUAAAAAAUCACCUUACCCUGGCAGGGACUUUGGACUGGAGGAAAAAAAACCCACACACACACAUAGGAAUAAUUUGUAAUAUAAUAUAAAUUAUUAUUAUGGCAAUGUUUAUCGUUAACUCUUACAGUGAUUUUUUUUUUCUUCUGUUUGUUUGUUUGUUUGUUUAUUUUACGUUGCAUUUUUCACUUUCAAUAUGAAUGUUCCUGAAUGUACACCACAAAGUGUUAGAAGCAUUUUUGGUCUCAACAAAAAAAAAGUGGACUCUUUGUUUGUAUAUUUAUUGGUUAGCGUUUUAAUUUAAGGAAAAUGGAAACACAAUUUAGCGCUGAGUAUUCUUCUUCAAACAAUCUUCGGUUGGGAUUCGAGCAGAAGGUCAAAGAAGUAGGUCAGAUCAUCACGGAUGAUUUCCACAAACCAUCACCACCUCCAAGAAGAAAAAAAAAAGAUGUUGAUAUCAGCUUUCUUCACUUUUCCACCCAAUCUGUUGGUUUCUCGCACCUCCCAGACCCAUUUCACAAACUCAGCAUCUAUGCACUCCUGUGGCUAACAACACACAUUGAUUGUGUUGCGUUUUGUUGUAUUAUUUUGUUUUGUACAGACAUCCAUUUUGUUGGAAUAUUUAGUUCCAAUUGUACAUUAUUUCUAACAGAUCCUUUCAGAUGUGAUUUUAAGAAGCUUUAGUGUAAAUGGAUAAGGGGAUUCGACUAGUUGUAGGAAAUAUGACACUAUAUUUUGCUAUUUAUAUUGAUAGAGGACACAACAGCACAGAAAAUAUUUAUGAAGAUGAUAUAUAACUUUGUCUAAAAAUCAUUUUGGAAAAGAGAUUUUACUGGUACUGGUGUAUCACGUUGUCGUCGCUGUUGUGUUGGUGAGAAUGAAAGGUAACGAGUGCAUGUUUUCCCUGAACAAAAUGCCCCCUUAUCCGUCUAGUUCCGGAAUGCGCUAAUUCUAAACCGACUGAGAGUUCUGAAAUUCUUGGAACUCAACUUUAAUUGGCUGAGGAUUCUACGGAGUGUGUUUCAGCAUGGUUCAGAAACAGUUAAAGUCAAAAGUUUACAUACACCUUGCAGAAUCUGCAAAAUGUUAAUUAUUUUACCAAAAUAAGAAGAAUCUUGCAAAAUGCAUGUUAUUUUUUUUUUAUUUAGUACUGACCUGAAUAAGAUACUUCACAUAAAAGACAUUUGCAUUAGUCCACAAGAGAAAAUAAGUUGAAUUAAAAAAAAAUAACCCCAUUCAAAAGUUUACAUAGUGUGUUGUUACCUGAAUGAUCCAGUUUUUUUUUUUUUAAGUGAUAGUUGUUCAUGAGUCCCUUAUUUGUCCUAAACUGCCCACUGUUUUUCAGAAAAAUCCUUCAAGUCCCACUAAUUCAGUUUUUUCAGCAUUUUUGUGUAUUUGAACCCUUUCCAACAAUGACUGCAUGAUUUUGAGAUCCAUCUUUUCACACUGAGGACAACUGAGGGACUCAUAUGCAACUAUUACAGAAGCUUCGAACGCUCACUGAUGCUUCAGAAGGAAGCACGAUGCAUUAAGCCAAACUUUUGGAAUUUGAAGAUCAGGGUAAAUUGAGCUUAUUUUUUCUUCUGGUAAACAUCUUCUGUAGCUUCUAAAGGGCAAUACUAAAUGGAAAAAAAUAUAUGAUACUUAGGCAAAAUGAAAAAUGCACACAUAUUCUGUUCAUGCACAUUCUGUUCAAAAGUUUUCACCCCCCGGCUCUUAAUGCAUCAGUUUUCCUUCUGAAGCAUCAGUGAGCAUUUAAACCUUCUAUAUUAGUUGCAUAAGAGUCCCUCAGUUGUCCUCAGUGUGAAAAGAUGGAUCUUAUACAGUCAUAGUUGGAAAGGGUUCAAAUAUACAAAAAUGCUGAAAAAUAAAGAAUUUGUGGGACCUGAAGGAUUCUUCUGAAGUACAGCAGGCAGUUUAACUGUUCAGAACAAACAAGGGACUCAUGAACAACUAUCACUAAACAAAAAAAAUUCAACUAUUAUUUUCUCUUGUGGCCUAUAUGUAAAUGUUUUUCAUGUGAAGUAUUUUAUUCAGGUCAGUACUAAAUAAAAGAUAGCAUGCAUUUUGUACGAUCCCCCUUUUUUAGGUUGCAGAGUCUGCAAGGUGUAUGUAAACUUUUGAACUCAACUCUAUAUAGUCCAGAGAGAAAUGAGGGCCAAAGGGACAAGGUCUGCAAGCAGUCCUGUCGUAAAAGCUUUUACAUAAAUGUAAUGGAUCAUUUUAGUUUAUUUUUUCCAUUUUGGCAUGCUUUACACUUUAACAUGACUUUGGCUUCCUAUCCACACAUUCACGCUGCAUACUUGUGUCAUUCGUGCCCUUUCCAUGUAUAGUUGAGAGAUAUUCCCGUCCUUCUACAUUAACUGUAAAGCUCUUGCCAUUCGUGGAAACUACAAAUGCCAAAAGCCAUUAACUCUGCUCACUCGUUUCAAAUGUGGGGGGAAUUAUUUGUUGCAAUAUUUAUUGGGAGAUGAUACAGCACGGUUCUGUGGCAAGAGUCUUUUGACCUACUGGUCACCACUUGCCUUAAAAAAAGGGAAGAGGCUUUUCGGGCCAGAUAGACAUUUUUUACGCUUUCUUGAAGACUGAGCACUUUUGUAUAUUUGAGAACUUAUUCACAGAUUGUGUUCAACCAGAUGGUGGACACAGAGGGGGAUUUUCAGAAGAGAGAGACUGAAUAUCACAGUGAAGCUCUUAAUGGUGUAAAAUGAAAUUUCUUUGAAUAACAAUAGAUAAUGUAUAUGUUAUUAUGACAAUGUAAAACAUGGAUGGCAUCAGUGACUAUCAGAAUAUAAAUUGAACAUUUUAAAUGCUGUGAAAUUAUUUUCUUCUCUUCGACACGUGUAGUUUUUUCCUCCUUAUUCAAUGUGAUUGUUGUAUCAUCUGUAGCAUAUCAUUUUAUUCAUUUAGAAAUGCACACAAUGGAUCAUGAAAGCAUCUCACAGGAUUUUGGGUUCCCUUCUUUUAAGUAAUCAAAACUGAAUCUCAAAUACUGAUGCUGUAGCUUUAAUGAAAAUCAAAACCCUGCAGAUUGUAUGCACUUGAUUGAGGCUCUCCAGAGCCUCACGGUGCUCAUAGUCUGAUUUGGUCCAUUAAUUCCAAGUGAAUGUUCAGCUUAGUCAAACGUGCUGAAAUAGGGUUGUUUUUGUCUCAGGGUUGCCAGAUAGGGCUUAAUCACUGAUAUUAAACCUUCAGAUCAGAGUGCAUCUGUUUAUCACACAAAUCUCAAAUGUUUUAUUCCUGACACCUGCGUUGCAUUUAGUCUGUUCCUAUGUUCUGGACCGUCUGUGUCCGGCGAGUUCGUGCUAAUUAUGAUGAGCGAUGCGAAUUAUUUUCCACACAUUGUUUAUUUACUUACUUUUGUCCUGAAUCCCAAAUGAUAUGUGCAAUUUUGUAUAUAAAUAUCUGUUUGCACUUAUUGUAGUUGUAUAGGAGAUCUUUAAUUAACACUGUCCCCCAAACCUCUCUGUUUUUUCUAUUUAUAUCACAGAAGAUUAAAGUUAAAUUAUUAAACACUUACAUCCCCCUUC